AUGUCCGAAAACCGCCAGUUCAUGCAUAAAUUACCACAAGCAUCGCGACGCUCCUCCAAGCAGGCUACUUUUGACAGACAAACUAAGUCUUCGGUGCACGAUGGUGUGGUAGCACAUAGUUUUCAGAAAAGGACAACCAAUGUUCAAGAUAGACAAUUAUCGGAGUCGAGCUCUGCUAGCUCUAGCUCGAACACAUACGACUUAUCUGACAAGCAGUUUCAAUGUCGCAAAGAGUCUUAUCCACAAGAAAUAUACCCGUCAGCACGAUUACGCUCAUCUACUAGUUUGGAUGACCCAAUCGAAACGCCUCUUACCAGCGGGAUUCCAGAAUUUCAUGAAUCCUUCGAGAAUCCCCUCGAUAGUCCUCUAGAAUCAUGGCCAGAAAGAAGAAGUAGUGUUGCAACCGAUUCCGACGAGGAGUCACAACCUUUUUUGGAAAGACUCGAGGACGAGGUUACGAGGAAUAAUGCCUUCGACAAGAAACUGGAUCAGCUCAGAGAUGACUUGAUGCAAUCCGGGGAGAAGAUCCUGCUAAUGGACAAGAUAGGGGAAGCCAUCUUUAUGUACUACGAAGGACAGCUUACUAAAGAACUCCUUGAACUGCUGACUCAAACAACACGCUAUGCCCAGGAGUGGGGAUACAAAACAGUGAUGAUACGUGCACAAAUCUGGAAGGUUGCUGUUUUGCACGACAUGGGACUAACUGACAACAUCCCUCUGGCUCUUGCGGAUAUACUUGCAGUGGAGCCGGACGAUGAGCUCAACGCGACCGACUGCUUUCAGAUGAGGAAGUUGCUCUCUGGAUAUGUAGAGGAUGUUUGGGAGGAGCUGAGGAUCAGGCAGGUGCAGAGUUAUCCUACCGAAUUUCGGGAUGUCGCGAGAGCUCAUGUCUUGGAGGACGAAGAGGCCGCACGCAUAGCUUGUUCUGAUUGGACCCAACGAGUGUUCGCUUCAUUUGAAGCAGGUUUCGACGCUAACGAAUGGCCUGACCCCGAUCAGGCCAUGAGGGGUGUAAUAGUCCAGUCGAAGCCCAAGCAUGGUUGGUGCGCAACAGACCAGCAAAAUGGGCUAGGCUGCCUCGAGCGGGAAGUCGAUGAGCUACGCAUCAUUAACGAGCGCCUGAUGGUGGAAAACCGUCGUUAUCGCGAGGAAAUGGGACUAUCUGACACCGCAGACACGCCUGUCUCAGCAGCACCACAGGCAUCCUGGCAUGCGAAUCCCUUCUACUCACCCCUGGGUUGGGCACAUAAGCCAAAACAAAAGGUCGCCUCGCCGCAACGUGAUGCUAAAGCUGAACUUCUUGAUCGCAGUCAGAUGGUCAACAGAGAGAGCCAGUCAUCAUGGUCGCCUCAAUCUCCGGAUCGCCAGCCAUGGGGUACACCACAUAUCUCUGAACAUCCUUCAGCGGCUUCAGAUUCGAUGUUUGGUCGGUCAAUGAGUAUGAGGUCCUCCUAUCAUGACAGCACUCAGAGACCUAAAUCUGUCUACCCACCUAGUCCUCUGCACUUACGCAAGAAGAUCAGGUUGUCGCGAACUUACGCUUCGCCUUUAAGGUUUGCACGCAAAUCUAGAUCGACGCAGGUCAACAAGUAUCGUCGUUCUGAAGACUUGUCUCUUGAUGAAUCUCAGAAAGAGAGUUCUCAGAAGAGUACGAGUGGGAUGCCCAUCGAUCCCACUUCAAAGACUUCUUCUUCGGAGGAAAUAUCUGGAGAUUUCUUCUCGCCUUUUCUGUCACGAUUUGAUGAUCUUACUGCAGCAGUGAUGGCUAUCGCUCAGCCAGGCGCGAACGCAGAGGCCAGUACUCCAAUUUCAGAGAUGCGCAGAGGCAGCGAAGUGUUGAGUCCUCACGCACGACCGCAGACACAACCUACUGAAUCAAGUUUUAGUAAACCUGCUCGUAUACCACGAGCAGAUACAAGCAGACAUCAUCGAAAGCCUUCAAGCGCCUCACCAAAGUCUCCACUCGAAGGGUCUAAGUCAGAGAACCUGUCACUAACUGAUACACCAUCUCCAACCAAGCUCGAGGAAGUAGCACCUCAUUUUCGUGAGCAUCAGGAACAGCGACGAAGAUCACAUACCCGCUCACUAAGCCUACCAAUAUCUCCAACAUUCAGAAGCUAUGAGGACGAGAGGAGUCAUGUAGUGAUUGCCUCCAAUACUCCGCUCCAUACUAGUGGUGAGGUCAAGCAGCAGCCAGACGGGACCAUUCCUCAUCCGUACACUGGCAUCAGAGAGUUUGCGAAAGGUUUCGCCGAUUCCACUGCCGAUGAUUCGGGCAGCCCUUCUUCCAACAAAAUUGGAGCAUUCAGGAGUGAUUUAGGAGAUCAAGUUGCUGGAAGUAAGAUCGAUGAGGCACUCCCAGUCAACAUGUUCAGAGAACGUACCCAAGAGUUCCAAUCUGGAAUGCCAGCGAGCCAGCGGCAAGAAGGUUCGCAAGUCGUGGAUUCGACACAGGCAAGAAGAUCCGUCCGAGGACGUCUGUCAGAUCGUCGUAGCCUGACUGACAAAUAUGCUUUGGACAAAGUGGCACCAUUCACGCCGAGUUCGAAAUCCUCAGCUUCUUCUGCAAUUUCCAAGCCCAAAUUACACUCAAAGAUUCUUAGCACCUUGUCGGAUACAGAUUUUGGUGAUACACCCUCAAUCCGGGAUAAGGCAUCGUUCGUGCCAAAGAGCUCGCGUCUGGCUAGUGACGAACUGGGUGAAGAUUUCCUAGAUGACAUGCAAAAUAUUCCGAAUGAUUGGGUUUUCAAUCCAGCACAGCGCAAUGCACCAUUUGCAGAACGCCUCGAUGACAGCCGUGAGCUAUAUGGAGAUCGUUAUGGUAGUUUCGAUAGUCAGUCCAGCAUCAGAACAGCAAGUGGCUAUACUGAAGGCGCACGUCUGAGCAACCUCUUGUCGAGGCUACAAACUGAACAGGCCAUCGCGGUAACCCACGAGCGUAGAUCGUCCAAGCCAGCAAUUUCUAGUCCAUUAAGAAGAGGCUUUCAGCUAAGCGAAGAUGAGCAGGAUGACUUGAGGCAAGAAAACAUUCCAAUAAGUAGCCGAGGCGGAGUGUUCACUGAACCUGAACAUGCUAGCAUCACCAAUGGUGAGGUAGACGACCAGGACAGUCCAAGGAGCAAGACUUUAAAAGCUCUGGCAGGACUUGGCACUGCCGAAGAAGCCCUUGUUUCAGGGGUAAGACGAUCUGCAAAAGCAGCUCGUGCUGCACUACUAGCCAAGACGAACGCAAGUGUUCAUCUGAAUAGUUCGGAGCAGACUUCGUCCAAUGGUAUCCCUAACAAUGCCGCCUUCAAUCAGCUCACUUGGAAAACACACACCACUUCGCGCGACUAUGGCCUCGACACUCCUGCCCGAAGAGAACGGCAACGCAGCAUUUACGAUGAGAUAGACGAUUCGUAUCCUUCUCCUACAGGACCUCUUCACUCUCAAUUCGACACCGCAUACGGUAACAACGACAGUGAGAUCAAACAUAUCAGUGACACCGCAGCAAAUAUUGCCGACAUCGAGGGUUUUCGUUCCAUUGAUGGCUUAGAGGCAUCCUUGGCUGAAGAUGUCGAUACCACACCUCCAGACUACCCCUUCGGCGCAGGAUCGGAUUCUGCACCUGCUUCGAGAGAAGACAAUGACGAAAGUGGUGGUGAUAGUGGCGUCUCUUUGCCCGAAUCUUCAGGAAGUGACCCUGCCAGAUUCGACGUGUCGGGCCGACGAGGUCUCUUGCCAAUUACCAGAGGUAGAAGAGAACAGCAGGAGGCGCGCAAGAAGUAUUCAAGGAAUCACAGAUUGCAGGAAGCCAAGAUGAACAGUAAGAAGGAAGGAGGACACCAGAUUGAAAAUCUGUCCAUUGCAACAAAUUUCUAA